AUGUUGUUCAAGAACCUAUUUGUCGCCGCCUGCUCCGUGGCCGUUGGUGUCUCGGCCAGCGUCGCCCAGGUGAAGAAGGGCGCCUUCGGGUGCGGCACCGCCGAGCCCGAUGCGGAGCACAUCGGCAUGGCCAAGGUCUUCGCGGCCCAGGAAGCGAGGGUUUCCGGCAACCUGACCGCCCGCGCGACGAUCAACGUUGGCGUCUACUUCCACGUGGUUGCCUCCGGAACGACCGUCGCCAACGGUUACCUCACUGACAAGAUGCUUUCCGACCAGCUUGCCGUGCUGAACAAGGACUUUGCUCCCCACGGCGUCGCCUUCAACCUGCUCGGCACGGACAGGACGGUCAACUCGGGCUGGGCGCAGGACAGCAGCGAGCUCACCAUGAAGCGGUCUCUCCGCAAGGGAACCUACAAGGACCUCAACGUCUACUUCCAGGUCACCCUUACCGAAGACUCCCUCGGCUAUGCCUACCUCCCCACCUCCGUCACCAGCGGCAGCACCGCCUUCUACCGGGAUGGCGUUUCCCUGAACGCCCAGACCGUCCCCGGCGGUUCCCUGACGGGCUACAACCUUGGCAAGACCGCAACCCACGAGGUUGGUCACUGGAUGGGUCUCUACCACACUUUCCAGGGCGGCUGCACCGGCAACGGUGACUUUGUUGCCGAUACCCCUGCCCAGGCCACCUUCAGCACGGGCUGCCCCAUUGGUCGUGACUCGUGCCCCAGCCAGCCCGGCCUUGACCCCAUCCAUAACUACAUGGACUACUCCGCCGACUCUUGCUAUGAGGAAUUCACUGCCGGUCAGGAGACCCGCAUGUACAGCUUCUGGAACACCUACAGGGCUUAA